UACAGACUGACAGCCACCUCCUAUCUGCAAGACUUUAGCUCCUGGCACGCCCGUGGCUUACAUUCCAAGUGUUUGCUGAUAGCAUCUUGCGAUCAGCCAGAGGAAUUUUCAGUCUCCUUUUCAUCAACAUUUUCUUCUCACCAAACCUGAUAUGCUGUGUUGGCUGCUGUUGUUUCAUGUGACUGGUGAUGGCCAGAAAGCUGCUGGUUGUCCUCCUAAAACCAGGUGUCAUCUUCUGUAGCUUUUCGAGCAGUUAAUGAUGCUCUUCUAUCAUCAGACACAACACAAGCACACAGAGCCAGAGGAGGAGGAAGAAAUGAAGGCAAUGGCCGGGCCGAGGCUGCUCGUCGUGCACACGUCCUCGAACAAGGUGGCGAACGCCGUGGCGCCGACAUCCCCCAUGUCGUUUCUUGGCUGGUCCCGGUGCCUGUGGCUGGUGAUCUUCCUGGCCCUGUUCACCUGUGUGUCCCUCCUCACCGUGUUCUCCACGGCGCGCGCCUCGGCCGCGGCGGCGUACCAGGCGACGCUGUUCACGGUCACCGCCGCCGCGGCUUCGGGCGGCGGCGGCGGAGGAGGCGCCGCCGUCGCGGAGGCUGGCCUGCCGCUGUACGUGUUCGACGCGCUGGUGCAGUACGCGGCGGCGGCGGGGAACUCGUCGGGGUGCAUGCCGGAGCCGGACGUGCGCGCGAUCGCGUCGGUGCUGCGGCGGCGCGCGCCGUGCAACAUGCUGGUGUUCGGGCUGGGCGCGGAGACGCCGCUGUGGCGGGCGCUGAACCACGGCGGGCGCACCGUGUUCCUGGACGAGAACCCCUACUACGUGGCGCACCUGGAGGGCAAGCACCCGGGGCUGGAGGCCUACGACGUGGCCUACGCCACGGCGGUGCGCGAGCUCCCCGACCUCCUCGACGCCGCCCGCGCCGCGCGCGCCGCCGAGUGCCGCCCCGUCCAGAACCUGCUCUUCUCCGAGUGCCGCCUCGCCAUCAACGACCUCCCCAACCAGCUCUACGACGUCGCCUGGGACAUCAUCCUCGUCGACGGCCCGCGCGGGUUCACGGAGGGGUCGCCGGGGAGGAUGUCGGCGAUCUACUCGGCGGCGGUGAUGGCGCGGACCAAGGGCGCGGAGACGGAGGUGCUGGUGCACGACUACGAGCGGGAGGUGGAGCGCGCGUGCGGGCGGGAGUUCCUGUGCGAGGAGAACCGGGUGACGGGGACCACCACGCCGUCGCUCGGGCACUUCCUCGUCCGCGGCGGCGGCGCCGCCAACCGGGAGGCCUUCUGCGGCCCGCCAGCCAAGAAAUCCAACUAAGCUAGCCACUUGCCCCCUUCGUUCUCUCCUCCCCGUCUAGUGAACUAGUCUCCUGCUCCAUUUUUGUGAUGCAUGAUGCGCAAACAAAUGUUAAUGCGUGUGACCAUCUGUAAAAUCCAUCGUGCCCUAGUCUCGUCCAAGCAAAUGGGAGUUGCGGAUGUCCUCGAAGAAGAAAGGGGAAUGCAAGGGAUCGGACUCGCACAAUUGAGAAUCAGGGGAGCAAGAGGCCAUGACUGAUGGAGCGUCUCAAUGACGAACAAAUCGAGCUCUCACAUCACAUGUACUGUGGCCCAACGAUUUUCUCCCCUCGAAUAAACCAAAUUGUGGUGCCUGGCAUGAAAAGAAAUUGCCCUUUUUCUUUUUCCAUUUUA